AGGAUGCAGAGAGUGAGUUUGGCUUGAUUAAAACUACCUGAUCUCCAAAGUCCAUGUGUAUAGUCUCUAUCAACCACACACAACGCAGCGUUACAGCGGUGCAGUAUAGCAAGGCAUUGGGAGUGCUAUCUCAUAGUAGUAUAUUUGGAUGGACAGCUUGUGUCCCUGCCCCUGGGCCUGAACAGUCAGCUGAUGGUGUUCUGCAGUGGCCAACGAGCGGUGGUGGAGACUGCUGGGGAUAUCACGCUGACCUUUGACUGGCACGGUGCACGUCAAACUCCCCAGCCCCUACCAGGGGGCAGUCUGCGGCCUGUGUGGCAACUACAACGCCAUGCCCCAGGACGACCUCACUAUGCGCUGGCGGGUGGCCCUUGUGCCUGGCUGCUCCUCUGGAUGCCAGGGGACACAAUGCCAGUCCUGCUCUGACACAGAGAAGAACACGUACAGCUCCCGCUGUGGCAUCAUAGACGACAAGGCCGGCCCCUUUAAAGAGUUCCAUGGCAACGUGGACCCUGCUCCGUACCUGGAGGACUGUUUUCGAUGCCUGUUAUAAUUUGGAUCAGCUUUAAUAUUCCAGAUUGUGGCUUAUACAAAUGUUUGCUUAAUUUCCCAUCCUCAACGAAACAAAUUGUGUAUAUACUUUUUUUCACUCUAAUCGGAGUAAACUACAAUUCAACCCUCUUCCUUGUCCUACAGUUCUCUCCUGUCCAACCAACAGCCACUAUAGCCUCUGUGCCCCAGGCUGCCCUGCCACCUGUACAAGCCUCUCUACAUGUCGCCAGUCCUGUUCUGAGGGCUGCCAGUGUGACAAAGGCUACCUGCUGAGUGGUGACGCCUGUGUACCCAAGGCCCAGUGUGCCUGCUCUCUUAAGAGGGAGACCUUCUACCCCCAGGGUCUGGAACAGUGUACCUGUGGGGAGAACGGAGCAGUCUCCUGCCAGAAGGCCAAGUGUGGUGCCGGGGAGGCCUGUAAGGUGGUAAACGGGGUGUUGGGGUGCCACCCAAUUGGGCAGGCCACGUGUUUGGUGUCAGGUGACCUCCACUACAUGUCAUUCGGACACAGGUUCGACUUCCAGGGCACCUUCGUCUACAUGCUGGCCAAGGUGUGUGAAGACGACAAAGGCAGACUGACCGGCUUCACUGUGACUCAAGGGAUUGAAAAGUAUGGCAAUGGGAAGGUGGCUGUCACUAACAUGAUCGCUGUGUCUGUCACACCUAUGCCAUCAGCAUUGUGCAGGGGAUGAGCUGGAGAGUGAUUAUGGAUGAGGAGCUGGUGAACCUUUCUCUCUCUCUCUGUGCUGGUCGGUUAUGGCGACCCAGGAGGGUUGUAACAUUAUCCUCCAGACAGACUUUGGCCUGCGGGUGCUCUAUGACACCGUGUACUACGUCAAAGUCAUUGUUCCCUCCACCUACCAGAGCAAGAUCUGUGGCAACUACAACACCAAGCCAGACAACGACUUCCGCCUACCAAAUGGGCAGCGUGUAUGAGUUUGGGAAGCGUGGGUGCUGGACCUCCCUGGGGCGGUGUGUGGAGGCUGCGGCGGGCAGUGCCCAGUGUGUGAUCAUGCCAAGGCAUCCCAGUACGGCAGGCUAGACUCCUGCGGCAUCAUGGCAGCAGACAAUGGGCCCUUCCAGGCCUGCCACAAUCAGGUGAACCCGGCAGCAUGCGUGGCCCACUGUGUGUUUGAUGUGUGUGCCAUGGACGGGGACAGAGGGACUCUGUGAGAGCAUCCAGGCUUACGCCAUCACUUGUCAGCACGCUGGGGCCCAGAUACAGGCCUGGAGGAGCGGCUCCUUCUGCUCUGUCUCCUGCCCAGCUAACAGCCAUUACGAGCUCUGUGCCGACACCUGUGGUACUAGCUGUGCCAGCCUGGUGGACUCCUUCACCUGCUCUUCUCGCUGCUAUGAGGGCUGCCAGUGCGACGUGGGCUUCGUCUCUGACGGUGACAAGUUUGUCUUCAUGGAUAUGUGCAGAUGCGUCUCUACGACGGCCUGUAUCUGAUGGCCUCGGCGUGUGAGAAGCUGAUCUGUGCCAGCGGAGAAGUCUGUGGGGUGAAGGACGGGGUCAGACGAUGCCAACUCAAAUAGGGGAACUGCAUGGUCCACCCUGGUGCCAACUUAACCACCUUCAAUUGCGUGAAGGCGGUUAUGAGGUCGCCUCUGACCAGACCUCUGCCCAGUGGUUCAGAGUGGUGGUGAAUGUCUAUCACAAUGUGGCUACAGUCUACGUCUUCUUCAAGUAUGUCACUGUCAACAGCCAGCACCACCUGGGUGAAUAGUCAGAAUGUGUCCCUUCCCAGCACUCCAGUCAGACAGCUGUCUGUCAGCAUCGCCAGUAGGACAGUGGUCAUCAAGAGGAAUUAUGGUGUGCGUGUCACCUACUCCAUCUCCCAGGAGCUAUUCGUUACUGUCGACAACCACCUGGCUGGCAAGGUGUGCGGCGCCUGCCGCAACUACCAUGGUAUUGUCAAGGAUGCCAUGACAACAUCCAACGGGAAAUCCUCCACAGAUGUGACUGUGAUCGUUGGCUACUGGUGGGUUGGGGACUUCUCUAGCUGUGGCCUGUAAGAAUGCUGUUUCUCCAUCUGUACUCAACUCUACAAUGAAGGACUGACAUUUCCUCCUGAAUAUUUGAAUAUUGCACUUUGAAGAAAUCCUGCAUUUCCACUUGCUUAGAAACGAUAAACCAAAGUUGAGUGACCUCAAUUGUUACUAUUGCUCUAUG